AUCAAAAUGUGACUACCAAAAUGUCACUGUCAAACAUAUUGUCCUUGUUUUUCGGCGAAUUAGAGUCGUCGGUGGUGGUAACUCUUGGCUUUGCACAUAUUUUAAUCGUUUCUCUUAUAGUCUUGUACAAAGAAAAAUUGACAAAGACUGCAAACGCUGAGCCGCAGAUACCCUUGACGCCUCCGUCAACUGGUCCAUCCAAUGAACUAAACACUGUCGAGGAAGAACACAAAGCUUCAAGCAGUGACAUUGAAACAGAAGCAGUCACUGCCUACUGCAGCAACGGAUGUCAGGGCGCAUGCGCUUGUCCAGCCUUAGAAUCCCAUCUGGAUAUCCAAAGGAAUAGUGAUCCCACAUUGACGCCGCUCUCUGCUGAGGAUCAUUCUCUCUCUGGUGCAGCAGUAUUGGGGCCUCUUUUUCAAUCAGACGAUCAAAACAUGCGUAGCUUGCAGAAGAAAAGCACGGGUGAAGAAUUAACUAUCCAGUACUUCAACGAAAAAUUCCACCGAGAGUCCAUUGACGCCGGAAGUGUGCAAACAGGAAGUGAAUUUGACGUGGGUAAAAGCCGAAAUAGCUACAAAAGCAAGUCAGACAGCAGGAACAUGCGCAGCUUACGAAAAAAAAGCACGGAUGAAAACAAAUCAUUUGCCAACAUCGUAAACAGAUUGCACCGGAAUUCACAUGACGCGAUAAUUGAACUAGCGGAAAGUGAAUUUACCGGAAGUGAGCGCAGAGGAAGUAAAGUCAAAGAAAGCCACAAAAAGGGACGCAAGGAGAGUAAGGCUGGGCACAAAUCCCACCGAAAGUCAUUUGACACCGGAAGCGUGCAAUCAGGAAUUGAGUUUGAUGGAAGUGAAAGCACAGGAAGUGGGGGCUCUGAAAACCCCAACAAAACAGAGCGUAAGAUGAGUCGAUUUCAGAAAUGGCGGAGACGUUUGUCUGGAACCAAGAAAGAAGAGGAUAAAAAUAAAAAGGAUGGAAGUCAAGCCAGCACUGAAGUCACUCAAAGAAGCUCCAAACAUGACACGGAUUCUUCAAAGAUACUGCUAGGAAACAGCCCUGAAAACGCAACGAACGUUGAUGAGGUUACAGGUAUCAAGGAAGAAAAUAUGACGGCGUAAAUGCGCCUUUUUAUUAUUUGUAACUCAUUUCUAAAGGCGUGAUUCUAUCUACUUGAAAAAGGAAGUUUACAAAGAUUUGUUCUUUACCUGUUUUACAAGCUACGUUUCAAACUAAAAUCAGUCCAUAACUUCGAUUUAUGCUUAUUGUUCUAUGGUUUAUAAAGGGACUAAUUUUUGUCUUUCUUGACCUCGUCCGGUUUUAAUUUUUCUCAGUUCAGGCUUGGGUCGAUAUUACGAAUCGGUAAUGUUUCUUUUGCAUAUUUUCAGCGUUAUAAAUUGGAAUAAAUAUCUUUAACUGUUACAGCUUAAAAUUGUAAUCAAAGAGUGUUCUUCUCAAAAUAAAAAUUUGUCACUAUCUGAA